AUGGUGAGCGGGGCAAUGCUGUCUCCAGAUGGGGAGGAGCCGAGGGUGAGGAUUGAAAAAAUUCAAACUGGAGAGAAACUUUCAAUAUAUAUUCAAUGUGGUAAACUGUUGACAUAUGACAGUCACCUAAAAGGAAAUGAAAGAACACAUACUGGAGAGAAGCCCUACAAAUGUAAUCAGUGUGGUAAGGCCUUUGCAGCUCAGAGUCAUCUUCAAAUUCAUAAAAGAACACAUACUGGAGAGAAAUCCUAUGGAUGUAAUCAGUGUGGUAAGGCCUUUGCACAGAAUGGUGCUCUUCAAUACCAUAAAAGAACACACACUGGAGAAAAACCAUAUGAGUGUAAUCAGUGUGGUAAGACCUUUGCAUCUUCUAGUAAUCUCCAAACGCAUAAAAGAACACAUAGUGGAGAGAAACCAUAUGAUUGUGAUCAGUGUGGUAAGGCCUUUACAACUCAUAGUAAUCUUCAAAAGCAUAAAAGAGUACAUACUGGAGAGAAACCCUAUAAAUGUAAUCACUGUGGUAAGGCCUUUUCAGUUCAUAGUAAUCUUCAAACCCAUAAAAGAAUACAUACUGGAGAGAAACCCUACGGAUGUAAUCAGUGUGGUAAGGCCUUUUCACGGUAUUGUGCUCUUCAAUGCCAUAAAAGAACACACACUGGAGAAAAACCAUAUGAGUGUAAUCAGUGUGGUAAGGCCUUUGCAGCUCAGAGUCAUCUUCAAGAUCAUAAAAGAACACAUACUGGAGAGAAACCCUAUGGAUGUAAUCAGUGUGGUAAGGCCUUUGCACAGAAUGGUGCUCUUCAAUACCAUAAAAGAACACACACUGGAGAAAAACCAUAUGAGUGUAAUCAGUGUGGUAAGACCUUUGCAUCUUCUAGUAAUCUCCAAACGCAUAAAAGAUCACAUAGUGGAGAGAAACCAUAUGAUUGUGAUCAGUGUGGUAAGGCCUUUACAACUCAUAGCAAUCUUCAAAAGCAUAAAAGAGUACAUACUGGAGAGAAACCCUACGGAUGUAAUCAGUGUGGUAAGGCUUUUUCACAGUAUUGUGCUCUUCAAUGCCAUAAAAGAACACACACUGGAGAAAAACCAUAUGAGUGUAAUCAGUGUGGUAAGGCCUUUGCAACUCACAAUAAUCUUCAAGACCAUAAAAAAUCACAUACUGGAGAGAAACACUAUGAAUGUAAUCAGUGUGGGAAGGACUUUGCACAGUACAGUGGUCUUCAACAUCAUAAAAGAACACAUACUGGAGAGAAGCCCUAUGAAUGUAAUCAGUGUGGUAAGGCCUUUGCAGUGAACAGUUCUUUUCAAGUGCAUAAAAGAACACAGACUGAAGAGAAACCAUAUGAAUGUGAGAAGUGUGGGGAGGCCUUCAGUCAGAUUUCAGACCUCAAUCGACACCAAAAAACGCACACGGGACACAGACCCUACAAGUGUUACAAAUGCGGCAAGGGCUUCAGCCGCAGCUCCCACCUUAUCCAGCAUCAGAGAACACACACGGGCGAGCGGCCCUACGACUGCAACGAGUGCAGGAAGAGCUUUGGAAGGAGCUCUCACCUCAUUCAGCACCAGACAAUCCACACCGGGGAAAAGCCAUACCAGUGCAACGAGUGCGGGGAGAACUUCAGCCGCAUCUCGCACUUGGUCCAGCACCAGCGGACGCACACGGGAGAGAAGCCUUACGAGUGCACGGCCUGUGGGAAAAGCUUCAGCUGCAGCUCCCAUCUGAUCACACACCAGAAAAUUCACACCGGGGAGAAGCCUUAUGAGUGUAACGAGUGCUGGCGAAGCUUCAGGGAGAGGUCAGAUCUGAUUAAGCACCAGAGGACUCACACGGGAGAAAAGCCCUACGAGUGUGUGCAGUGUGGAAAGGGGUUUACACAAAGCUCCAACCUCAUCACCCAUCAAAGAGUUCACACGGGAGCGAAGCCUUACGAAUGUACCGAGUGUGACAAGAGUUUCAGCCGGAGCUCAGCUCUUAUUAAACACAAGAGAGUCCAUACCGACUAA